GCUUGUCAACCGUCCUCCUCCGAUGGAGUCCCUCCCGUCGAGAGUCGGCGGGUAUCGUGCUAUGAUCGUUCGUCAUCGAUACGAGGGUUCCAGCCGUCUAGGUGCAGAUUGAAGCCGUUGGGAGCACCGUGAGCACCGUGAGCCCGUGAGCCGUACUGUAAGCUCCUCCCUGGUUUCCCCUCGCCUACAGACAGUGGUUCACUCCCUGUGUGUGUGUGGGACCGGCGUAUUGCAACUACAAACGGCCUGAACCCAGAUUUACUUGAGCCAGACCUGCCGCCGCGCUCGCACUGCCGGUGGAGCUCGCGACUUGAGGCAGAAACUAACUACGGUCCUACUACUACUAACGGCUGCUGCUGCAGCGUGCUGCUGCUGCUGCUGCUGCUGUGAGAACCUACUGGCUCACUGUCGUCUCCCUUUGAUUCGAGCUCCUCGAGUCCAAUCGACGUGGAAGAGCCAGGAGAGGAGGCGCUUCGCUGGUGCUGCCAGCACCAGUGGUGGUGCUGUUGUUCGCAGCUGCGCGAAACCCUCGCGGAUCUACCAGCCGCGCCAGUAAUGCUGGACUCGUUGGAAAGCGCCGCGUCAGCAACCGCGCAGCUGUGCAUCUUCCCCUUCCGCGCAUGCCACAAGGCGGCUUCCGGCUUCGGCGGCGGCGGCGGCGGCGCCAGCAGCAGCGGCGCGAGUCGUGCCGCCGCCAGGGCGAGCGACGGACCUGAUGCGGCUUCCGCGUAUGAUGCUGCUCCUCCCGAGUUACCGGGGAGUCAUUACACUCGUAAGAACUCGCGCCGAGUUCCUGCCACUACGAAUGUCACUACUGCUGCUACCACUAUCACUACUUCUGCUGCUGUCACAAGCGGCUCCCCGCUACUGGGUCGCUCCGCGCAAGCUCUAGCGGAUACGUUCAAGCUCGCUCUCGACCGCAACAAGCUCUGCGCGCCAGGCGCUGGCGCAGGCGCAAGCGGCGCCGCGACCCACGCCGCCAUAUGCGCCCCCGUCGCCCCGGAAAUGCGCGCCGCGGUAGCGGCGGCGUCCGCCGGAGCGGCGCAGUCUUCCCCUGGCGGACCCGCGUCUUCCGCCGACGCCUCCCCGCCCGCACAGUUCGUCUUCCGCGCGGGUCAAGAUGCCCCCGCGGAGCCAACCAAGUCAAAGGCUCCAAGCGGCUCGGCGAGUGCUGUCAACGGCGGGAGGAGUCACGGCAACUCGGUACAGUCUCAGCGGCAGCACCUGCCGCCGCCGCAGGAGAUGCGGCCGGCGCAGCGGCUGCAGGUGCUGCGGUUCUCCCUGGAUCACGGUAUGUCCGUCGAGCGGCUCCAUUCCUUUGCGCUCUCCCUCACUCGCACGCUGGAGCGGUGGGUGCUGCAGCAGCGGCAGCAGCAGGCGGCACGUCUGCUUCACUCUAAAAGCCUUGGUGUGGGCAGGCAAGGGAUAGACGGGCCUGCAGCUGCUGCUGCUGCUGGGGGAGCUGCUAAUGCCAGCAGCGGAGAGGCUCAUACCGCGGAUAUCAAUGGCGGGGGGAGGAGCAGCGGUGGGCGGGAGAAGGAUGUUGGGAUUGGCGGCGGUGGUGGUGGGAGUGUGGGAGGCGGUCAAGACGGCAACGGGCAGCAUGGGGGGAAGGACGAGAGGCUAGACGGUAUCGAGUCACUAAAGGAGAUGCUUAUAGCGAUGCUAAGAAAGCAGCAGCAGCAGCAGCUGCAGCUGUGCCCAGAUCUGACUAUCUGCAUGCUGCUGCGCCUGAGGGGCCACGAGCACAUCGUCUCGCUAAGAGAGGUCGUCGUCGACGCCGCGCGCGCCGCCGUGCACGUUAUAACGGAGCACUGCGAGGGCGGCGACCUGUUCGAGUUUAUAGCGCGGAAAAAGCGCCUAAGCGAGCGCGAAGCCGCGCUGAUGCUCCGGCAGGUCGUGUACGCGGUACAGCACAUGCACACUAACGCUAUACUGCACCGCGACCUUAAACCCGAAAACAUCCUUUUGAUAAACUCCGCCCCCGGCCCCGCUCCCGCUCCCGCUUCCGCUUCCGCUUCCGCUCCCGCCCACGCCCACGCCCCCGCUUCCGCUCUCGAUCCCGCUACGUCUACCACCGGUUGUAGCAGCUCCGCGUCUGGGCACGCAGAGAAAGGCGAGGAGGAGGGAGACGAGGGGGAGGCGGGGAGGCGGCGCGUGAAAGUAGCGGAUUUCGGGCUCUCUCUAGUGCUGCAUCGCGGGCAGCAGGUGCGCGGGUUAGCCGGGAGCCCUUUCUACAUGGCGCCUGAAAUAGUGAAGCACCAGCCGUACGGGUUCGCCGUGGACGUGUGGAGCCUGGGGGUGGUGCUGUACACGGCUCUAGCCGGCGUCCUGCCAUUCUACGGCAAGGAUCACGCGACGAUCUUCGCGUCGAUCUGCCGCGCGCAGCCCGAUCUGACGCGGCAUCCCUGGCCGUUGAUCAGCGGCGAGGCGAAGCAUCUGGUGCGGCGCAUGCUGUGCGCGACGCCGCAGGGCCGGGUGCCGCUGUCACACGUGCUGAUGCACCCGUGGAUGGUGCGCCAUAACCCGCAUGCGCAGGGGGUUGCGCAGGGGGUUGCGCAGGGGGUUGCGCAGGGGGUUGGGGUUGCAGUUGCACGCACGCAGCUUGGGCUGAUGCAUGUGGGUGGGCAUGGGCAUGUGUGUGGGCAUGGGAGUGGGUAUGGGCAUGCGCAUGGGUACGGAUAUGGGCGCAUGCAGCCGUGUGCGCAGGAGGUUGCAGCAAGGAACGGAUCAGUUGCUUCCGCAAGGGGCACGCAGCCUGCUACCUUGCUGCCGUCUCAGGCUGCCCUGCCGUCUCAGACUGCCCUGCCGGCGCAUGGUGUUUUGCCAGUGGAGCCGGGGGAGAGGGAGGGGGUUACGGCGAAGGAGCAGGGGAGGGAUGACGUGCUUCGGCUCUUGACAGAAAAGCCUAGCCAGCCGGGCAGUCCUCUGCAGUCGCCGCUGCAGCACACGCAGAGAAACCAGCAGGGCCCGCACCAGCAGCAGCACCACCAGCAGCAGCGUCUUUAUCAACAUCAGCAGCAGCAGCAGCAGCAGCAGCAGCGCACAGAGCAGGCCCCCAUGUCACCCCGCGCCCGUGCCUUCAACUUCUUCCCUGCCUUCCGCCUCCGCCCGCCGCCGCUCUCCCUUGCUGGCGUUCUCGGCACUGUGGGCUGGGACACCGCAGCAGGGGAAGGGGGAGCAGCAGGGGGGGGAGAAGGGGCCUACGGCGAUGGGCGGGGUGGGUUGGAGAGCGCACCGAAUUCCCCAUCUCGCCACCGCGGUGUUGCGCCUGUUUCUCCCCCGUCCCCCGCUGCCUCGCCUGUGGCCUCCCCGUUCUCUCGCCCUAUUCGUUACCGCGACCGCUUUGCUCAGCUGUUUCCGCUCCCCCCUGCUGCACUCACUGCCGCUCCACCUGCCGCUCCACCUGCCGCUCCACCUGCCGCUCCACCUGCCGCUCCACCUGCCGCUCCACCUGCCGCUCCACCUGCUGCUCCACCUGCCGCUCCACCUGCUGCUGCUGGUGUUGCCGGUGGUGCCUUUUCUUCUGCCGCUGCUGCGUCGAGCCAUGCUCUCCCGGUGCCUACAUGUGAAGAAGCUGCUCCAUCUUUCCCCGCUGCUGCUGCUGCUGGCGACAAUGCUACCAAUGGUGCUGCUGCUGCUGCUGCUGCAGCGAAUCAGCUCAACGUUCUAAGAACUUGUGCUGCUGACACCACUACCAGCAACCUCAGCAGCAGUACCACCACCGCCGCCACCGCGUCGACCCCCACCACUCCUACCACCCCCACGGCCACUGCAAGCACCGCCGCCAUGCGUCCGUUUGCAUCCGGCGCGCGCGCACGAGACAGCGGGGUGAAGGAGGAAGGAGUGGUUCGGGUGCGCAGCAGCAGCAGGCUGUCGCUCAUGGGCACCCAUGGCUCUCUCCUGAAGGCUUCUAGGGUGCAUCCUGGCCCUCCCACUGCAUCCCCCUCCACCGCUUUUUCUCCUGUUGUUUCCACUCCCACCGUGUAUCUUCCUGCUUCGCUCCCUUGCACUGCCUCUCCUCCUACUCCCCCCCUUCCUACUGCUGCUGCACCUGAUCCUGGCAAUGUUGCUUCUCCCGUUGCCAUCACACCUCCGCCGCGUCUCUCCUUCCCCUCCUCGCAGCCAUACCGCAUGGGGCCCAACUCCCCCCGAGUAUCACCCAUCACCGCCGCCCUUGCUGCAACCAGAGUCUUAGAGCUUACAACAAAUGCAGCAGGACCGUCCCCACUCGGUUCUGCUGCUGCUGCUGUCACAACAGUGGGAUUCGCUUCUUCUGUCAGCGUUGCCACUAGCCACUCAUCGUGUAAGCGUACUUUCCCUGCCACGCCUCCUCCUGAUGUUUCGGUCUCUUCCUCGCUGGUUGCCGCUGCCUCCAUACCUCCUCCUCCUCCCACCCAUCCUCCUUCUCGUCCUCAUGCAUCCCAUGCACCUGCAUUCACUCCUGCUGCUACCUCCCCAACUACCAGCCCCUCGCCCUUCUCCAGUGGUUCCUGGGUACCUCCUUCCUAUAGAACUGUUCCCACUGGUUUAAUCACGCUGCACACUCUCACUUCGCCCACUGUCACACCAUCAGCUGCUGCACCGCCUUCUGCCACACCAUGCCCUGUCACGGCCCCUGGUGUCACGGCCCCCGUCAUACCACCUGCUGUCAUGCCGUAUGCUGUCACACCAUGUGCUGUCACGGCUCCCCCUGCCACUACGCUCAACAUGGUGAAGUGUGGGAUUACAGGAUGUGUGGAUGUAGAGGAGAAAGGGGAGGAGGCAUUUGCGGUGAAUGGAGAGGAGGUGGCGGAUCAAGAGGAGAGGAAGGGGGAGGGGGAGAGGGAGGAGGAGGAUGAGGAGGGUGGUGUAUGCCAUGUCACCGCCUCUGGCUUGCCACCUGGCGUCUCAAGAGGCGUGCCACCUGGCGUGUACAGCCCAUUCUCUUCCACCAAAGAUAUGCUCGUGUGCUUAUCAUCUACAGAAAACCAGGAGAGGGAGAAAUCUAAGGUGGGGUUGAGGGGCCUGGGAAGCAGCGAGGAUAAUCUCGUUGGUUGGAGUGGCGCUUGUGGUCCUGCUGGUCCUGCUGGUGCUUCUGGUGUUAAUGGUGUUACUGCUGCUGCUACUGCUGCUGCUGGUGCUGCAGUAACUGGCCAGCAGCAUCUCAAGCUACUAGACUCCUCUGAAACCCCCAGACUCCCACCACACCUUUCCCAUAUCCUCUCCUCCUCCCAUUCUCUCACUACUUCUACCCUCACAUCGCCGUCCGCCUCACACUCCUCACUCACCUCCCCCUCUUCCAUCCAGCUGCCUCUGCACUCUCCACCCCCUUACUCCCCUCCUCUCCUCUUCCCCCCCAAGCCUUUCGCCUCUCCUGAGUCUGGGGAUAAUGGGGAUGGAGGAAUGAUGCUGCUGUUGAAUUUGGGUUGAUCAUGCUUGGUGAUGUGAAGGUGGGUGGCAUCCGAGCUGUCGACUCCGAUCGGUGUGUUCUGGUGAUGGUUGCGCGUUGAAGGCCUCGCUAAGAGCUAUUCAUUGACGUGUUGAAACUGCUGUUGCAUGUUUUUCUAAGAAAUCUGCUCUACCACA